UGCUGCUUGCUGCGGUCACCGGUCAGUGCAGCAGACAAGCCACCCCCAUCCCCUCCCCUCCCCUCUCCAAAAAACCGAGCAAUUCGUCCUCGUCGUAAUCUCGGGUUAGACCCCGAGCGCGGGGGCGAUCGCGAUUGGAGUUGCGUGCCACCGCCCGGGAUCGCGAGGGGUUUGCUGGGUGCUUCUUGGGUGUGUGGAAUUGGGGAGGAGAAGGGGAGGCGGCCAUGGGGCGGCUCUUCGUGAUGCACCUGGAAGGGAAGGUGUACAGCUGCAAGCACUGCCACACGCACCUCGGCCUCACCACCGACAUCAUCUCCAAGUCCUUCCAUUGCAAGCACGGGAAGGCGUACCUCUUCAAUAAGGUUGUCAAUGUGACUUCUGGAGUAAAAGAGGAUCGCAUGAUGAUAACCGGAAUGCAUACUGUGUCUGAUAUCUUCUGUGUUGGUUGCGGAUCUAUUGUUGGAUGGAAAUAUGAGGCUGCACAUGAGAAGAGCCAGAGGUACAAGGAAGGGAAAUUUAUUUUAGAGAGGUAUAAGGUGUCAGGCCCUGAUGGCAGCCACUACUGGGUUACACAUGAUGCUCAUGUUGGUGGAAGCGACGUGGACGACGUAUGAAGCACGACUCAACAUGCUCAAACCUUAUCCAUGUAAUCCAUCUAAAUAACCCCCCAAGUGCUGUUCGUCUUAGUUAUCCGGGGAUUUGCUUCCAUUCAGAGGAUUCCCCGGCGUAAAUUGUUCUAGAUGACGUCCUACCAUCUUCCUUCAGGUUAUUAUUGGGUAUUACCGUCUGUAUAUGCUUGUAACCAGUGAUGCCUGUAGUAGCCCCCUAAAAUCUUGUAAUCCUCGAAUGUAUGUCAGGCCCUAAUUACUAAAUAAAGUCCUGCUUCCCAAUAUUUCCUCUA